AUGCAAGCUGAAAAUAAUGGCCAUGAGCCCAUUGUGGUUCAAGAGCAUGACUUUGAAGAGCUUUCUGUUUGGGAAAGCAUGCGAGAUUUGAAAUAUUUGACAUUCCUCUUUAUCGGCAUUGGGCUUUUAUGGCCGUGGAAUUGUAUUUUAAGUGCUACGUUGUAUUUCAAACAUGAUGUGUAUCACGAUGAAACCAUUUGGGCGAAGAUAUUUACCAGUUCAAUGAUGACUGUCUCAACUACGUCGUCAGCACUUUUCAACAUUUGGUUGGCCAGAAGACAACAUAGUUAUUCAGUACGCGUUAUCCGCGGUUUGAUUUGGGAAAUAUUUGUAUUCGUGAUUUUGGGACUAGUCACUCUCGCUCAUUCAGUCGUACCGUUAUGGGCUUCGUUUACCUUUGUGAUGGUGCUGGUCGCUAUCAGUUCAAUGGCAACAGCCAUGACUCAGAAUGGGAUCAUGGCAAUUGCCAACGUAUAUGGUCCAAAAUUUAGUCAGGCAGUUAUGGUAGGUCAAGCAAUAGCCGGUGUUCUUCCCUCAAUUGUUUUAUUUGUUAUAUCAUUUUUUGGCGAUCCUUCUCAUCAGAGUGUCAGCGGAAUUUUACUGUAUUUCCUCACAACUGCACUUGUGGCUACGGUAUCUAUCGUUCUAUACCGUGCCACCAAGAUUGACGCAAGAUUAAAAAAUGUAAACAAUCUGAUGACAAAAUCUCCAGCUAUCUCAUUCACCGUCCUUUUCGAUAAAUUGAAAUACCUUGUACUAUCGAUUUUUACCACGUUUGUCGUUACCUUAGUUUUCCCACUGUUCGCAAACACUGUACCUGUAAAAGGUUUACCGUUGGAAAACUCACAAUAUGUUCCGCUUAUUUUCACUAUUUGGAAUCUAGGCGAUUUACAUGGUAGAAUAAUUGCAGAUUGGCCAAUAUUUAGAAGCUCGGCAUUUGGCCCAGCAAAGGUAUUUGCAUACUCCGUGUUGCGAAUCCUUUUCAUUCCAAUCUUCCUCUUAUUUAGUGCAGGUGGAUCCAGACAAGGCUCCUUUUUGAUGUUGCAGGAUGCAUUUUACAUUAUUAUCCAGUAUGCCUUUGGACUAACUAACGGUCAUGUAAUUUCAAUUAGUUUCAUGAAGGUUCCCGAGGAGCUAUCGAAUGAUGAAGAAAGAGAGGCAGCAGGUGGCUUCACGAACAUAUUCGUUUCCACCGGGUUAACUUUGGGUAGUAUUGUCAGCUAUUUCUUUGUAUACAUAAUUGCCGCAAUCACGAAAUAG